CCGAAGAAAGUGGAAGUGCAGCAAGCUKAUAUAAUCUUUCCUACCAAUAAAUUAAAAUUUAUACAUCAACAAAAUGAACUUUAACAAAAUUUUCGUUCUUCUGGCUGUGUUUAUUGCCGUCUUUGCUGGACAAACUGAGGCGGGAUGGUUGAAAAAAAUUGGCAAGAAAAUUGAACGCGUUGGUCAACAUACACGAGAUGCCACUAUCCAGACCAUUGCCGUGGCGCAACAGGCCGCCAAUGUUGCGGCAACUUUGAAGGGAUAAACUUAAUAUGUUCAAAUGUUGUUACCAUAAAUCUAUGUACUUAAAUUAGUUGAGUAUUUAUUUAGUUAGACCAUUUUGUGAUUGAGAUUAAAAUAGUAUUUGAAUAAAAUCAAAAUUUCAGAAAACUA